AUGGUGCCAAAAUUCUACCAGCACAUCCUGGCCUUGGCAUUUGCUGUGCAUGAGAUCAACGAGAAUUCCAACAUCUUGCCCAAUGUCACUCUUGGGUUCCACAUCUAUGAUAGCUACUAUGAUGCAAGGAUGACCUACCGCACCACACUGGAUCUUAUUUUCAAAUUCCAUCAGUUUUUCCCCAACUACAAAUGUGACACCCAGACACAUCUAAUGGGCAUCAUUGGUGGACUUAGAUCUGAUACAUCCUCACAGAUGGCAGAUAUUUUAGGACUUUACAAGAUUCCACAGUUUUCAUAUGGCUCAUUUCAACCAGCAAUGAAUGAUCAAGUAGCUUUCCCUUCCUUUUACCGCAUGGUCCCCAAUGAAGCCCUCCAGUACCAAGGAAUUGUUGAGCUACUAGUGCAUUUUAGAUGGAAAUGGGUUGGGCUGAUGACUUUUGAUGAUGCUGGUGGAGAACAUUUCUUGCAGGUCAUGGAAGCAAUCUUUUCCAAGAAUGGAAUCUGUUCAGCCUUCACAAAUAAAGUUCCAAUUUAUUUGAGAAUAUUAGAAAUGGGUGAAAUGAACAAAUACAUUAUGAAGAGCGUGUCAGUUUUCAAGAACAGCAAAGCCAAUGUGAUUGUUCUAUAUGGAGAAACUGCAAAUAUUAGAUGGUUGGCAGCCAUUAUCUUGGGGGUAAAGAAGUCUCUAGCAGCUGAGUACAAUGAGACUGCAUCUUUUGGGAAAGUAUGGAUUACAACAGCCCAGAUUGAUUUUGCACUCUUUAUAUUACAAAAAACCUGGGAUAUCCAAAUGUUCCAUGGUGCUAUUUCCUUCACAAUUCCUUCAAAUGAGGUUCAAGGAUUCCGAAAAUAUAUUCAAACUUUAAUACCUACUCAAGCCAAAGGAGAUGGUUUUAUCAAAGAUUUCUGGGAACAAGCAUUUGACUGCUUUGUUCCAAGUUCUGAUGGCUUCACAGAUAUUGAUGGAGCAUGUAGUGGUGAGGAGAAGCUGGAGAGCCUUCCUGGGCAAUUUUUUCAAUUAAGCAUGACAGGUCACAGCUACAGUAUCUAUAAUGCUGUCUAUGCUGUGGCACAUGCUUUACGGAUCAUGCAUUCAUACAGAUUAAAUUACAGACGUAUGGAAAAUGGAGGUAAGCUGCAUCCUUGGAAAGCGGAACCCUGGAAGAGUCAUUCAUUGUUUAAAGACAUUCUAUUCAACAACAGUGCUGGUGAUGAAAUUAUGUUUAAUGAAAACAGAGAAAUAGUAGCUGGAUUUGACAUUACCAGCUUGGUCACUUUCCCAAAUAACUCUUAUGUCAAAGUCAAAGUGGGAAGGCUGGAUCCUCAGACUCCCCCUGGUGAAGUGCUCACUAUUAAUGAAGACAGACUUGAAUGGCACAGAGAAUUGUUUCAGGUACCUCCAUUCUCUUUAUGUAAUGAUCAGUGCUAUCCGGGGUACAGCAGGGAAAAAAAGGAGGGAAAGAAAUUUUGUUGCUAUGACUGUUCUCCAUGUCCAGAAGAUAUGAUUUCAAACCAGGAGGCAGACCUGGAUUACUGUACCAGAUGCCCCGAAGAUCACUUCCCUAAUAAACGUAGAGAUCACUGCAUCCCCAAGAUUCAAAGUUUUCUAUCUUUUGAAGAUACUUUGGGCAUUAUUUUGACUUCUCUGGCUCUUCUCUUUGCCCUGAUCACAGCUCUGGUGCUUGCAGUCUUCAUCAAGCAGCGGGACACUCCCAUCGUCAAAGCCAACAAUCGGAGCCUCACUUACCUUCUCCUUGCCUCUCUCCUCCUCUGCUUCCUCUGCGCUUUGCUAUUCAUCGGACAACCCAAGAAAAUCACCUGCCUCCUCAGACAAACAGCUUUUGGCAUCAUCUUCUCGAUUGCUGUCUCUUCCGUUUUGGCUAAGACAAUUACAGUGGUUGUGGCUUUCAUGGCCUCCAAGCCAGGGAACAUUUUCCGGAAAUGGGUGGGGAAAAGAUUGGCACAUUCUGUCGUAUUGUGUUGCUCCCUCGUUCAAGUCGCCGUUUGUGCUCUUUGGCUGGGUUUUUCUCCCCCAUUCCCAGAUUUGGACAGUCACUCAGUGUAUGGAGAAAUCAUAAUUGAAUGUAAUGAAGGGUCAGUCACCAUGUUCUACUGUGUCCUGGGUUAUAUGGGCUUUCUAGCCACUGUCAGCUUCACGGUGGCUUUCCUUGCUAGGAAGCUGCCAGACAGUUUCAAUGAAGCCAAGUUCAUCACCUUCAGCAUGUUGGUCUUCUGCAGUGUGUGGCUCUCCUUUGUUCCAACUUACCUGAGCACCAAGGGGAAGUACAUGGUGGCCGUGGAGGUCUUCUCCAUCCUGUCAUCUGGCUCAGGUUUACUGAGCUGUAUCUUUGCUCCUAAAUGCUACAUUAUUGUUUUUAGGCCUGAUCUGAACAAAAAGGAGCAGCUAAUAAGGAAGAAACAUUAA